CCACCGGUGCAUGCGCACAACGGAAAAUAUGCCCUGCUGUGGCGCCGCGCCUGGAGAUGCUGCGACCGGUCGUGCUUUGGCGCCUAAGCCCGAGGCUUGGGGGCCCGGCGGUCUCUGCCGGGAGCUGUGGUCGCAGGGCGGUAGCGUCCAGUGUCCCUCCUUCGGGCAGCACCUCGCCCAGAGCCCUAAACAUCUUCGACAGGGAAUUGAAGAGGAAGCAGAAAAAUUGGGCAGCCCGGCAGCCUGAGCCUAGGAAAUUCGACUACCUGAAGGAGGAGGUUGGAAGUCGGAUUGCAGACCGUGUGUAUGACAUAGCCAGAGAUUUCCCUCUUGUGCUGGAUGUGGGAUGUGGAAGAGGCUACAUAGCACAACAUUUGAAUAAGGAGACCGUGGGAAAGAUUUUUCAAACAGACAUUGCAGAACAUGCUUUGAAAAAUUCCUUAGAAACAGAUAUUCCUACUGUGAAUAUUUUAGCUGAUGAAGAAUUCCUUCCCUUCCAAGAAAACACAUUUGACCUGGUGGUUAGCAGCUUAAGUUUGCACUGGGUGAAUGACCUUCCUAGAGCACUUGAACAGAUUCAUUAUGUCUUAAAACCAGAUGGGGUGUUUGUUGGUGCGAUGUUUGGAGGUGACACGCUCUAUGAACUUCGGUGUUCGUUACAGUUAGCAGAAACAGAAAGGGAAGGAGGAUUUUCCCCACACAUUUCUCCUUUCACUGCUGUCAGUGACCUAGGACAUCUGCUUGGGAGAGCUGGCUUCAAUACUCUGACUGUGGAUACUGAUGAAAUUCAAGUUAACUAUCCUGGAAUGUUUGAAUUGAUGGAAGAUUUAAAAGGUAUGGGUGAGAGCAACUGUUCUUGGAACAGAAAAGCUCUGCUGCACCGAGACACGAUGCUGGCAGCUGCAGCGGUUUACAGAGAAAUGUACAGAAAUGAAGAUGGUUCCAUACCUGCCACAUACCAGAUCUACCACAUGAUAGGAUGGAAAUACCAUGACUCUCAGGCAAGGCCAGCUGAAAGAGGUUCUGCAACUGUGUCAUUUGGAGAGCUAGCAAAACUAAAUGAUGUCAUGUCACAAGGAAAAAAACAAUAAAUAUUAUUUUAUUCAAUUGUAA